CCUACGAUUUGGUAAGAAAUUAUGGCUUCUAAAAAAAAGAUUGAAAAGUGACUUUUUGAUUUUGGUUGUGCUUGGUCGUUGCACUACUACAAAGUUUCUUACCUAUAAAUAACUUCUAUGCCUUUCAAAAUAGCCAUAGAAGAUAUACACAAAGAGUAACUAGUCAGAAAGAAACUUAUUCAUCUAUGCAUCAAUAGUCAAAUCUUUAAUUGCCUAUAGGCUAUUGUAUAUUCACUAUAUUGUUAAUGUAUAUGCAUAUAUAAAUAACUAUACAAAAGUUCUAAGUUUUCAUUCUCAUCAGCAACCUUUCAGAGAAUUAUCCUACUCCAGCAUUUUCUUCGUUCAGAUUUUGUCGUUUCGAUUCGUUUUUUUAUAGAAACAAAAGAUGGGAGGGUGUUUUUCUUCGAGAUCAUCAUCCACGUCGAAGAAAAUUCGUUUGGUUCAUCUAAGUGGUUACGUAGAGGAUUUCGAGCAACCGAUUUCAAUUAACCAAGUAAUCCCUACUAGAAAUCCACCAACUCAUUUUGUUUGUACAUCUCUUCAACUUCUUUCGUCUUGUUCUAAACCAUUGAAAGGAGAUACACAACUUCAACCUGGAAAUGUUUACUUCAUGCUACCGUAUUCGAUUCUACAAGCUGAUGUUUCGCCUGUGGAUUUGGCUUCGCUGGCGAAAAGGCUCACUGCGAAGGCGAAGACUAGUAGGUGUGAAGGUAAAAAGUUAUUGAAAGGUGUUCCUUUGUCAAACCAAGAUGGUUUGAGCAGUAUUUGGAGUUCUCCGUCGAUGAGUCCCGGAAGAGUCGCGGGGGCUGAGCAAUUUGGUAUGGCGUAUGGAGGACGGAGCACGUGUAGAGGGCGGUUAUGGAGACCUCUGUUGGAUACUAUUAGAGAGAAGUCAUUCAAUAGGAGUAGUGAAUCAGAUUUGAAAGAAAAUCAAUGAAGUUUGCUUAAUGUUCUUGGAUUGAGGUAAUACAAGAGAGAAAGAAAGCAUGUUAGGUUGUUUGAUGAAUCUAUUGAUUGAAAGAAAAACAAAAACUGAGACAAAUUUCUUUUGAAUA